CAAUAUGAAAUAUCCACAUUUAAAAUUUUUUAAUCCCAUUCCCAUCUUGUAAUCUCUUUUACCAAAAACACACUUAAUGGCCUGUUCAUGUGAAACCUAGGCUUAGCACUUAGCAGACCCCCUUGUUGCCAUCAAACAGCCACACCCAACCAAACCCACCUCGCCUGGCCGCCGCCGGCCACCCCUGCAAAGCCCAGCAGCUGUUUCUAGUCCCCUGCUGCCACCCAUGUCUCACUAGCCCAGCACGUAAGUCGCCGCAAUUCAAGUCACCCAUCAUCUUCUUCUCCUCUUCCAGUUUAAAGGUUAAAGAGUUUCCCUUUUUAGUUGCUGAUGGUCUAAGGGGAAUUCUACAUAUGCUGCAAUAAUUCUCUCUUUCGUGCAUGCCAUAUCCCUUUUCACCAUUUUGUUCAAAAGGGAAGUUUAAAUUGCAGAUAGAUGCUUGCAUCCCUAGAAAAUGGAAACAAGAUAUCACGCAUAUUCAUGUGCAGCAAAAUCAGGUCUUGAAAGAUGAUAUUCUAGGAAGUGCACCAAAAACAUUUGAAACUGGGGGAAAAUUGAUGUUUCAUCUAUUACUUACAUCCCUGAAGGAAUAUAUUAUCCAAGGUGAUCUUAGAAAAGCGUUCAGAGCCUUCAUUUCAAUCCAGCUACAUGUCUCUUCUUUUGGUUCUUAUGAUCAAUACCUGAAGCCAGUAUAUUCAUUGCUAAUAGCUUGUUCCAAACACAAGUUGAUUCGACCAGGUAAACAGAUCCAUAGUCAGAUCUUAAUAUUGGGUUUAGAUCGACAUAGUUUGUUAGUUCCAAAGCUUGUCACUUUAUAUUCAACUUUUGAUCUGCUCCCUGAAGCACAUUUGAUAGCUGAAAAAUCUGGUAUUCUACAUCCCUUGCAAUGGAAUGUGCUUAUAUCUGCUUAUAUAAGAAACGGGCUUUCAAAUGAAGCUUUGUUUUCUUACAAACAAAUGUUGAAGUUUGGGAUCAGACCAGAUGAAUAUACAUACCCAUCUGUGCUGAAGGCAUGUGGUGAACAGUUGAAUCUCUGUUUCGGUAGAGAAGUGCACAACUCAAUUUUGGUCAGCGAAUACGGAGGGUGUCAGUAUGUUCAAAAUGCAUUGAUAUCCAUGUAUGGGAAAUGUGGAGAAAUUGAGGCUGCUCGUCUCCUGUUUGACAAGUUGUCAAAUAAGGAUGCAUUUUCAUGGAACUCUAUGAUCUCUGGAUAUGCCUCCAAGGGAAUGUGGGAAGAAGCAUUUGUAUUGUUUGAUCAAAUGAGGCAUGAGGGUGUUGAAAUGAAUAUGAUAACAUGGAACACUAUAAUUGGUGGGUGUUUACGACUUGGACAUUAUAGUAGAGCACUUAGUUUGCUUUCUCAAUUGAGAGCAUGUGGUUUUCAUUUGGAUGAUGUUUCGGUGGCCAGUGGUUUAAGUGCCUGCUCUCAUAUUGGAGCUAUUAAAUUAGGCAAAGAGAUACAUGCUUCUACUUUCCGUGGGGGUUAUGCUAAAUUUAAGAAUGUUCAGAAUGCAUUGAUUACCAUGUAUGCUUGCUCUGAAGACCAUAGACAUGCACAUAUUGUUUUUCAACUUAUGGAAGAAAAGGAUAUAAUUUCUUGGAAUUCAAUAAUCUCAGGUUUUGCACAUUUUGGUAAAUUUGAAGAAGCUUCCUUCCUCUUUAAUGAGAUGUUGCUUUGUGGCUUUAAACCUAAUCAUGUUACUAUAGCAAGCAUUCUUCCCCUAUGUGCUAGAAUAGGUAAUCUACGACUAGGCAAAGAAUUCCAUUGCUACAUCCUCAAACAUCAAAGGUUAAGGGAGCAUUUAGUACUGUGGAACUCACUGGUGGAGAUGUAUGCAAGAGCAGCAAAACUUUCAGAGGCAAAGACUAUUUUUAAGUCAUUGACUUCGAAGGAUGUCGUCACAUAUACUUCUUUAAUUAAUAGUUAUGGAGUUUUAGGAGAAGGAGAAAUUGCAUUAAAACUAUUUGAGGAGAUGCAGAGCUCUGGUAUCAAGCCUGAUCAUAUAACUUUCGUUGCAGUUCUAACAGCUUGUAGCCACUCUGGUCUUGUGAUCAAGGGUCAAUUCUUUUUCGAAAAAAUGUGGAGUGUGUAUGGUAUACACCCUCAUUUGGAGCAUUACGCAUGCAUGGUAGACCUUUAUGGUAGGGCCGGGUUACUCAAGAAAGCCAUAGAGAUUAUAAGAAGGAUGCCUUAUGAUCCAAGUGCUGAUAUGUGGGCUACUCUAAUUGGGGCAUGCCAAAUCCAUCGAAAUACAGAUAUAGGAGAGUGGGCAGCUGAGAAAUUGUUAGCAUUGAGGCCCAGAAAUCCCGGCUAUUAUGUAUUGAUUGCUAAUAUGUAUGCUGCAGCUGGUUGUUGGGAGAGGUUAGCAAGAGUUCGUACAUUAAUGAGGGACUUAGGAUUGGUUAAGCCCCCAGGUUGUGCUUGGGUUGAUAUAGGAAGUGGUUUUGAACCUUUUUUGGUGGGGGAUUCAUCCAUUGAAGUAUCAAGUGAGAUAUAUCUUUUACUUGAAGGAUUGAUUGAACAUUUGAAAAAUGCUGGACACAUUGCUGAAUUGGUUACAGAUCUCGACGGUUUUGAGGAGUGAAUAGAAGUGUAGCUAGCAUCAAGGAUAUGGUCAUAUGGCCAAUUGUGUAUACUGGAGCUGUUUGCUGCUCAUGCUUAUAAAAUUAUAUGUGAUCGAUCAUCUAUUUGUGCUAAUUGCUCUUGAUGAUUUCUCCAGCCUCCUCAACAAUCUUUGGAAGGUUACAAGCAUGUUAUAGAUGUUGAGUAUUGUCCUCCAGUGUUGUCUAAGGGUACUCACUUUGCUCCGGAAGUUGGCAAAGCUAAGGAGGCUGUGCAGACUAAACCGAUGAACAAGGGGGAGACAAAGAUGAUCAGAGAACGGAAAUGAGUUAGAAGAUGACUGUUGCAAACAUGGAAGAGGGAGGAAGGCUUAUUAGGCCUCGAUCAAAAUGGAGUUUGUGCUUAUCCCCAGAAAAGUACAUUGAGAGAGUUAUAAAGCGAUUUCAAAUGACUAAUGCAAAGUCCGUCUCAAAUCAUUUGGCAUUACAAAUGAAGUUAUUUAGGAUGGAUGCCCUAGCUCUAAGGAGGAUAAUGAUUACAUGUCAUCGGUUCCAUAUACUAAUGCAGUGGGGAGCAUCAUGUAUGCAAUGGUGUGUACUUAACCCGAUAUUGCUCAAGCGGUCUGUAAUGUGAGUACAUAUAUGCCAAAUCCGAGCUUGCGGUCAUGUGGAACCUUAGGUGUUUUAGGUGUACAUCAAGUAUAUGUAUAAAGUAGGGAAGGAACAAUGAUAGGCUUCUAUGGUUUUGUAGAUUCCAAUUAUGGUGGAGAUCUUGAUGAAAGGAAGUCAACUUCGGAAUAUGUGUUUUGUUUUGAAAGGUCCGCUAUAAGCCUAUAAGUUAGAAGUCUACAUUGCAAGGGGUUAUGGCUGAAUCUACAACAGAAGUCAAGUACAUGGAAAUAAUGGAGGGCUUUAAAGAAGCUCAAUGGCUAAGUGGUUUUGUGGGUAAAAAAAGGUCGAAAAGAUGUGUGCCUAUUGUUUUUUCGUGAUAGCCAAACAACCAAUAAUUUGGCUAUGAAUCAAAAUUCUUACUAUAUGAGGACAAAGCACAUUAAGAUGAAGUUUCAUUACAUAAGAGACACAAUUGCUAAUGGUAAUGAAAUCUUGAAGAAGGUUCAUACCUAGGAUAAUCCGAUAGAUAUGUUAAGUAAACCUUUGGCCACUUUGAAGUUUGAGCAUUGCUCAAACAUAAUCAAUUGUUAUUGAUUCAUGUGA